UGCUGCUGGCUAGCUUGGUGAUUUUUAAAAUCGUGUGAAAAACAGCAAUCCAGCUCCCGGAACGGGCCAGCAGUAUGUGGAUUACGGCCUACGGUGUCACGGAUUAGCGGAAGUUGUGGAAAGGGGCUUCGGCCAACGCGCUGACGUUUCAACAAAGGCGCCCGGACAUCGUCGUCGGAGGCAGGCCCUAGCUGGAAGGUAAAGUGAUUCGCAAUAAAAAGUGCUGGAAUAUUACUGCCUGGAAAACGCGACGUGACGGAACCCCAACCAAGUGCCAGAACGUCCAGCAGUGUGUGCAAAUCGCUGGGACAGGUCGAUUUCACCUGUGCGUUUUGUUCGUCGGUCGUCGUCGGGGGCGCCUAGUUUCAUGGAACAUCCGACACGGGAAUCGAUCUGGACGACGCGCAGCAGCUGCUGGUGGUGCCAGCCGGAUUGUACUUUGGCCACUUGAGAGGCUACCGAGGAGAGAGGGAGGAGAAGUGGUGCAGCCGCCAGUACACAAGUGCCAAAAGGAGUGUGUACAGAGGGACAGCAAUUUGAAGUGGCGGAGUUGAGGUGAAGAAUCUGCUAAAGAAGUGAAUAUCCUCCUGGUGAAGAUGAUUGUCGAAUGAGCGAAACGAAAGGAAAAGGAGUUGAUAAAGAAGUGAGUUGAGUGUGUGGAGUAGUAGAGAAGCAGGAGCAAAAGGUGUAGAAAAGAGGAAAAGUCGAGCAGCUGAAGAGUACCAGCAGUGUGCUAUCGAUUUUCAUCCAGUGAUCCAGUGUCAGAAGCACGGGAGGGAAAACACAGAGAGAACGAAGUCGUCGUCGUCGUCGCCAGAAACAGCUGAGACGCGGUGGAUCCUUGGAAGGAGGUCGUUGGGUUGGUUGGAUAUCCCGAGCGAGUGUGCGAGUGUGAGUGAGUCCCCCGUUGUCUGGACCGCGAAGAGUGUCCACGAAUGUGGGAGAUUGGCAUUCCGUAAGCGAAAAAAAGAAGAAAGUGCUGACCAAAUGCUAUGCAGCGUGAAAACUGUCGCGAUUGAUUGAUUGGGCAAACACGGUGAAGACGGAAAAAGGAUAACCCGAUUGUGGGUGGCAGCUGUGUAGUGUGUGUCAGUGUGGCGCGCACACAAGCAACGAUCGAAACAAAAGCAGCAGCAGUGUGUUUGUGUGGCGCGCGCGUGCAUGUUCUUCACGCACUCACGCACGCACGCGAGUAAAACAUCUGUUCGAAUAAAGUGAGGGAUUGCUCGCGAGAACGAGAGAGAGAGAGAACGGAACGCAUACCAGCGAUUUCGCGCGGCGUGACUCCACAAAUACCAACCCGAGCGGUCGGAGAGUGCGAGAUCCGCCGAGGAGAAGAGUGCUCAGGUUAACGACAGCAGCGUUGCCAGAUCAGCUGACUGGCUGUUGAACGACGUUCUCGCAACCCACCCUCUUUCCGCUCGGCUGAGCGCGUACAUUUUUCCUGUUGGACCCGGUUACAAAGCGGCUUAGAAAAUAAAUUUUAAUCUGACGCUCGGUUGGUUCGGUGGUGCUUCUGAGAUGUCCGACACCGGCAGUGGACACGACGGAGCCCAGAAGGACUACUCGCAAAAAAUGGAUGGCGGCGGCGGCGACUUUGACUCUGGGCAGCAGAGUCAACAGACGGAACAGGAACUGGCCACCAAGAUGCUGCAGAUUCAGUCAAAGCGGUUCUAUCUGGACGUGAAGCAGAACCGACGCGGCCGGUUCAUCAAGGUGGCCGAAAUUGGCGCCGACGGAAGGCGCAGCCAGAUCUUUCUGGCGUUGUCGACAGCGGCCGAGUUCCGGGAUCACCUGUCGACGUUCAGCGAUUAUUACGCCUCGCUGGGACCACCGAAUCCGGACAAUGUGCCCGAGGAUGGCAAGCUAAAGUCCGAAAUGAUGAUCAAGGACAACCGGCGGUACUACCUUGACCUGAAAGAGAACGUGCGGGGCCGGUUUCUGCGCGUGUCUCAGACGAUCACCCGCGGCGGUCCGCGGUCCCAGAUUGCCAUCCCGGCGCAAGGGAUGAUCGAGUUUCGCGAUGCGCUCACCGACCUGCUCGAGGAGUUCGGCACGAACGACGGCGGUUUUAAGGGCGAGCUGCCCGAGGGGCGCCACAUGCGUGUAGACAACAAAAACUUUUACUUUGACAUCGGUCAGAACAGCCGGGGCAUCUACAUGCGGGUGUCGGAGGUGAAAAGCAACUUCCGGACCGCGAUCACCGUGCCGGAAAAGUGCUGGUCGCGGUUCCGUGACAUCCUCAGCGAUUACUGCGACAAGAUGAAGAAAACGUCCGAGUCAACCACAUCGUCGAUCACUGCCGAUAACCCAUUGCAGAAGCAAACAUCAAAUAAUAUGUAAAUUAGUGACGCGAGAGAGACAGAAUUCAAACAGCAACAACAACCCCCGUCGUUUUGGCUUCGUUUCCGCUUCCUUACGUUUUUUUUUCUCCUCCUUACUGGAGUCCGUGGCCGGUUCCGUUUGGGUCCUGCUCUCAAUUGUAAAAUUAUUAAUACCAUUUAGUUAUGUUUCAUUAAUUUUUGUUUUUCGUUACGUUUCCUUAAUUUCGUUCUAAAAGAAAGAAUUAUAUAUUAAAUUAUAAAUGAAAAGGAGUAUAAAAUAUAUUAUACAAAUAGUUAUAAACGAAAAAACGAGAGAGAACAUCAGAUCUAAUCUGAAUAUAAACCGCAGUUAUAAGAAUUAAAUAAAGAGGAAAAUUUAACAAAUUAAAUUUAACACAACAAAAAACUACAAGAAGAAAAAAAUCAAUCCUUGCGCGUGCCGUUCGAAGCUGUGUGAAAUUUGCAAUCUUUUUGUGUUGUAAUGGAAAACGAAUUAUUUUUGUAAAAAAAAGAAUAUUAACUAAAAUAUAGUGUUUACGCUUUGGACAAACUUCAAUAGAGAUGAUUAGUGUAAAAUAUUAACUAUUUUGAAGUGGUUGAUCAAAAGAAAUAUUAAAUAAAAAUAUAAAUCAGAGCAGUCUAAGCAAAAUCUAAUUAGUUUCGAAAACUAGUGCUAAAAGGUUGAUCUUUCAUACACACAGAGAGAUGGCGCAGCAAAGUGUGCAGGCUCGCGUGAUGAUUGAACCUGCUAAAUUACCAAUUACAGAGGGCAAAACACACAAGCAAAAUGGAACAAACAAGCAAAAAACAACAACCGGGAAAUAUUACAAACAAACAAAAAACAAAAGGAAGCGCAGUUGAACGUAGCCGAAUUCUUAGCUGGAGCUGGCAAAACAAAUCCGAAACAAAAACAAAGCAAAAACAUUUUCCAGAAAAGCAGAGCGCAAACAAACAAAAAAUGGACUAGCAAUGAUGAAAAUGCACGCGGAGAGAGACGAUCGCGUGGUUUUUCUUUUGAUUUUCUUCAAUAAUCUAGUAGAUUGCAACUAUUCAACAAAGUAAAGUAUAACUAGAAUUUGGAGGAACCCGCUAGUCUUUCUCUCUCUGCGAGCAGUGCUGGAAACAUUUGGGGUAGACACACACAUACACGAACACACAUACAAACAUUAACACUCUCACCCACUCACAAACAGACUUGAAGAAGAUGCGACCGAGUGUAAAAAGAAGAUGAAAGUAUAAUGACAAAGUCAAUAUAUAUUACUGUUAAAUGUUACACUAAAAACAAAGGGGAAAAGCAAAGCUCUGCGCAGAUGAAUUUGUGUGAUUUUUUAUUUGUUUCUAGCGGAAAGCGAAAUGCAAAAAAGGGGCCCGAAAAGCGACACGAUCAUUGCCACAACCCACUAAAAAGAAGUAACAUUUGUUUGCGUGCAUUAGUUUCUCCAUCUCUCUCUCACCAAACACAGAAGCUCUGACGAAAUCAGAAUGAAAAAUCAGAAAUUACAAGCAAGUAGAAAAACGAAAAAAAAAAAGCGUUUCGAGAAUCAUGCGCGGCAUUGAUCGAUUACUAGGCAAGAAACAACAUGAUUGUAAAUCGGUGUGAAGAAAAAACAAAAGUAUAAGAAAGUAAACGUUAAUAAGAAAAAAAAAACAAACUGGUCGUCCGAGCAAAACGUCUCCUAGAGGCAGCAUAAAAGCGUGGAACGGGACCAACAGCUGUGAUCUACUGUGAAAUGAGAACAAUUCUCUUAAUUUACACACACCCACGUAAAUGCGAGAUGAAAUUCCCACACGUGUUAAACGAGUUUUUAAUUAUAGAUAUGUUUUAUUGCGUUUUCUUUGUUGAUGUCGCAAUACGGUCAGUGGACGAAAUUAGUAAUUUCUUUAAAAAUGGUCCAUUGACGUCGGCUAAAAGUCGAUCGUUUAUUGCCCUGUUGUUUGUUGAUUUUAGAUCUGUUUGAAAAUACAAGUUUGUUGGAAGUUUGAACCGUCUGAAAUUGUUUUAAAGGUGGUGCGGAUUAGUUACUUAAAUUGUAUCGAUUUCUUCGUUCGACAAAUUUGGUAAUAAAAUUACCACUAAGCAGAAUGCUUUCAAAAACCUUGGACUGCACGGACUAACACUGAAAGUGUUUUGAAAUCAUGUAUUUACUAUUCUUAUUUUGAGAAUUUUUCACGAAAACUUCCCUUAAAUUUUCUCAGUUCUUUGUUGUGCUCCCUGGUUAUCGCAUUCAUCUAUCAAAAUUUGGCAAACGCUCAUCGAAAUAUGUCGAUACUCGAUCGAAAAAUGACGAUCCCCAAUCGAAAUGUUGCUGUCGUUUAUUGAAAUAAUUUCUCGAACGGCAGUCGAAAUUUGGCAACCGUUAAUCGAACGAUGUCGACCAACGAUCGAAAAAUGUCGGUCUCCAGUCGCAAUUACUCGAUCGUCGAUCGAAAUUUGACAUUUUUUAAUCGAGAUAUUAUCGAUCGAAAUUUGAGGUCGGUAAUCGAAAUAUGUCGAUCAAAAUAUGUCGGUGACAAUCGCUGUUUCUCGAGCUACAAUCGACAUUUUUCGGUUGUCAAGCGUAAUAAGUCGAUCGUCGAUCGAAGUAUGUUUGUAAAUCGCAAUUUCUUGAUCCUCAAUCGAAAUUAUCUCGAAUCUAUCGAAUCGAAUCGAUGUUCGACAAUCGUGACUUGUUGAUAGCCGGUAAAACAUACCGAUCAGAAUCUAGAUCGAAAUUUUUGUUUCGAUCGGCGAUCAUUGAAAUAACGAGCUACCGUGGCCGUAAGGUUACGGAUUUCGCCUUGUAAGCGGAAGGUGAAGGGUUUGAUUCCUGGCUGGCUCGGUAAAGUCAGAUCCCUUCAAAGAGUAAAUCUGCUCACUGGGAAUCCUAAUCGACUGAGCUCGAUUCUCGUACCGGGGAGAUGAAGUUUAAAUGAGAUCGACGAUCAAAUUGUUGCGAUCGAAAGAUUUCGACGGACGUUUGACAUUUUACGGUUUAAGAUUUUUGAUCAAAUGCAUCAAUCAGGGACAUAGAUUCAAAAUUAUGUAUUGUUAGAAAAAUGUGGUUUAAAAAUAAGCUGUUUCAAAACAAAUAAUUUUCAAAAUAUUACAUGGUCAAUAUUUUGAUCCGGCGUUCGGUAGUCUCUAUCGAACUUUCUUUAAUGAAUGUGAUACCAACGGAAAAUUCUAGAAAUUCAAACUCUUUCAUAGUGUGUAUAUUUACUAUUUAAAAAAAAUAUAACAUAUUAAGUUUCCACAAAAAUUACACGCUUAGGCAUCGGAAAUUGUUUGUCGGAUUAAAUCCACAUCGGUUUCCGGAUCGGAAGGAAAGCAAAAUUUACAGAAAUUCACAAUUCAACAAUUGGACUUGUUUAAUAAAUUCCUGUCUUUAUUUUAAAUUCCUUGAAUAUUGUAAUCUAUCCAAUUAUUCUGUUUCGAUUGGAAGUUGUCGAUUUUGCACUAAGCUUGCUGGGAUUCCUAUCUGGUGAGUACACGAGAGCUCGAAGGCAUCCAUUUGCCUACUGCGAUCGAAAUAUUCCGAUCGAAAAGUAUCGAUAGAAUGCAAUAAUCAGGAUGAAAAUUUUUUAUUUCUAGCGAACCUGUAAGCUCUGAGCACUGGAAGGAAAAGGAAAAGAACGACGUGUCUAUAGGAUACGGAAACACACUCACUCAUACACACAGAACCACUCACACACACACACAUACAAACAAAAAGCUUAGAAGCUGAUAAAUCGUUUACUGCACACACACAGUUGGGAAAAAACGGAGGAUACAAAUGAAGUAAGCAAACAAUAGCGAUCAUGUUAAUUGAGGUAAAAAGAGAGUUAAAAUCACACAAAAGAAGCAACACAAACAAACAAAAAAAGGGCGGAAAUUUGUUUUUGUUUUGGGGCACUCGGUGUGGAGUAUUUUAUGAAUUUGGAACCUGAAGAAAACAAUAACAAAACAAGUUGAGCAGAAAAAAAGUUGCAAGCAAACGAUGGUUCUUUUUUUAAAUGAAAAAUGAACAAAAGCGCGAAACCAGAUUAUUAUCAAUUAUUGAAUGAAUUAUUAUCUACUGCUACCAUUACAACAAACAACAACAACAACAAAAACUAUAUUAUGAAUAUUGUGAAGAAUUUUAACUUAUGUUGUCUUUUUCUCAAGUCUAUUAUAGCGAUAAAGAAAAUAAUAAAUAUAGUAAUGAACAACAAAAAAACGACAGAUAGGAGGACAAAUAAUAAAGAGAAAAGAAAAAAAUUAAGAAAAACACAAAAAAUAUAAAAGAGAAAAUAUAAUAGGUAUAUAAUAAUGAUAAAAAUGUUCCCGAAUCGAGAUGAUGUUCAGUUAAGUCUCAAAUAAAAGAAGAAGAAAAACAGCAAACUGUGAAACAUUUGUGUUACAAAGUACAUACAAGCAAAAGCUGCGAUUGUAUCGCCUGGCGAUAAGUUGUUUUUUUUUCACUGUUUCCCCCACCCCUGCCCCGCGCGUUCAAAACGCCUAAUGUUAGUUUGUUUUUAAAUUUUCACAACAAAUUGCACACGCGCUAGCGCAGUUUCAAUUUGUUCAAACUUCGCCACAAUCAUUUGCGUGUCUCUCCCGCUCCCCCCACCCCUACUCAAAGUUGAUUUUAUGUCAUUCCUUGCGGAACACCCUGUGUGCGUUUGCAAACAAAAAGAAGAAAACAAGAUGAAACAGAAAUAAGAAGAAAAAUACAAAGUUUAUAUAUAUUUCUAUUAGCCGGUAGUCGCGCCAACCGAUAGUAUGUAACUCGAAAUAAAAAUAAAAAAUAAAGUGGUAAAUAUAUUAAAAAAUAAACACAUAUUUUUGCAUAAGUGCGCAGCCAUAACGAUUAAGCAGACGAAUGCAAACGAACGCAAAUUAUGUUCUUAAAACUCACACUCACACAGACUCAAACACACACACACACACACACAUAAAUUGCAAACACAGGGUGUUUCCCGCGCAAGUUUUUGUUUUGUUCUCUUGAGUUCCUUUCUCUCACUCUCUCACGGUCUGCUACAGGGUGAUCGGUUUCCACUCUGUUUCAGUUUUGAGUAGUAGCGCGCGCUAUACGUAAAUUUAACAAAAACAUAGAAAACAAACAAACAGAAACAAACACGAAGCUGUUCGCGCCAUUCAAGAGAAUAAUAAGAGGUAAAACAAAACAAAAAAAAAAACGACAAAUAUAUAGAUGAGAAAUUUAUUGAACAAAAAAAAAAGGAUACAGAAAAAGUAAUAAUCUAGUUUUCCCUAACACACAAUAGCAGCGAACCGACCCAGAAGAGGACACCUGAUGUGCGAAAUUUCUUAGUUUUUCCUUAGCGAUUUUCAAAUUCUUUUUAAUUUGUGUUUAUUUUUUUUUGUUUUAAAUAAGUGCUUCUCCUACGUGUAGCGUUAAUUUAUUAUUUUGUUUUCUAUUUAUACACCCUCUCACACACCUCUCUUAGGCUACCUUAUUCAAUUUUUCCCUAGCAUUUUAAUGACCAUAAACACAAACACACACACACACAGCUCAUGUGUCAAUGUUUCUGGCAUUCGCGAGAGUUUCCCCCUCUUUUUUGUUGACUAUUUAGUGAUGUAACUUUUAAUUUGUCUUGAUUUACGUACAUUAUAUUUACUCGUUUUUGUUUUUAGGUAUUCAAAUUGGAGGAAAUUAAAGCUAUGACUACCUUUAAUCGAUGAUACACAGAAGUAACGAUACAAAAUAAUAAAGAAGAAGAAGAUACAAUAUUUUUAGGUGAAAUGAAGUUUUUUGGUUUGAUUUUUUAUAUAGGAAUCUAAAUUAUUUAAUCCGUUUAUAAACGCUUUUCCUGAGAAUAACGAGAGAGAAAAAAAAAACAAAAUAGAAAAGAGAAAUCAUUAAGAUUAAACAAGUAAAAGAGUAAAAAUGAAAGGAAAACACACAAAACGUUGCUGCGAGGUUCAAACACACACAACAACCAAAAAAAAAAGGAUAAUGCUGUAGAGUUCGCGAAUCAAAUGAUCAAUCUAGAUAAACGGUUUUAUUCUUUGAUUAAGAUACUAGAGAGAAGGGCAUCCAAACCAGAUGAUGAUAACUAGAACACGAGCAUAGCAAGGGGACUGUAGAAUAUCGGAAAAUAGGGGGAAAAUAUAAGUAUAAAAACUAAAAAUAUCAACGCAAAUGGACGGUAAUGUGUGCGUAAGCUGAAUCCAUUCUGAAUAAGACACCCGGUGAGGCACGUUCUCAUACAAAACAAAAAACAAUGGUAAAUAAGCGAAAGCUGUGAUUUCAAAUCGGCUUCUCGCACAUUUUCUGCAUAAACAACUCCGCUGAAGACUAAGCAAACCAAUAUUUAAAAGAACAAUUCAGAAUCUGACGAAAGGCACAUUUGAAGUAAAGAAAACAAAACCAUAAAUUAAUAACGAAUCACUAAUUACCACAUUUUAUUACCAGUAAGCAACACCUUUGCAAAAAGAAGAAAAAAAAACCAACAUCAAUUCGAAAUCAACCGAUUUGCAACAGUAACAACAAAAUUCGGCGCGACACAGAAACAGAACAACAACAAAAAACAAGAAAUGCUGGUCCCACGAAAGUGUACGAACGAAAAUAUGGAGCCGAUACGAGUAAGAAAGAAGAAAGAAAGAACACACACGCGUACGUACCCACAAAGUACACAGAAAAACACACACACACAGAGAAGAUGCACCUAGUGUUGUAAUGGAUUAAGGAAUAAACAAGUCGACAGCUUAAAAACAGAAGGAAAAAAAAGGUGUUUUGAUUAUUUGAUUCAGGUGUUACAAUGUUAGUAGGAAAUAUACUAAUAAAUGUGAUUACAAACAACAAAAAACCAAUAAAGAACGCA